ACAGAAGUCCAUUCUCGUGAGGUCCACCUACAAGUCACCAUGUAUGAGGACUGCGUCAAGUCCACUGAGGACUAUUAUUUCCUCUGUGACAACGAGGGGCCAUGGAGCACUGUUCUAGAGUCCCUGGCAAUAAUUGGCAUAGUAGUUACGAUUAUCCUACUCUUGGCGUUUCUCUUCCUCAUGCGAAGGGUUCAAGACUGCAGCCAGUGGAAUGUCCUUCCCACUCAGUUCCUCUUCCUCCUGGGUGUGUUGGGACUCUUUAGCCUCACGUUUGCCUUCAUCACUCAGUUCAAUCAGCAAACUGCCCCUGUACGCUACUUUCUCUUUGGGGUUCUCUUUGCUCUCUGUUUCUCAUGCCUCUUGGCUCAUGCCUCCAACCUGGUGAAGCUGGUCCGGGGCAGAGUCUCCUUCUCUUGGACAACAAUUCUGUGCAUUGCUAUUGGUGUCAGCUUGCUGCAGAUAAUCAUUGCCACUGAGUAUGUGACUCUCAUGAUGACCAGGGGUAUGAUGUUCAUGCAUAUGACACCCUGUCAGCUCAACAUGGACUUUGUUGUGCUCCUGGUCUAUGUCCUCUUCCUGAUGGCCCUCACAUUCUUCGUCUCCAAAGCCACUUUCUGUGGCCCAUGUGAGAACUGGAAGCAACAUGGAAGGCUCAUCUUCGUCACUGUGCUCAUCUCCAUCAUUAUCUGGGUAGUGUGGAUCUCCAUGCUCCUGAGAGGCAACCCACAGUUCCAGCGGCAGCCCCAGUGGGAUGACCCUGUCAUCUGUAUUGCCCUGGUCACCAAUGCAUGGGUCUUCCUGCUGCUGUACAUCAUACCUGAGCUCUGCAUUCUCUACAGAUCGAGCAAGCAGACUUGCCCUUUACCAGGCAAUGCCUGCCCAGCCCCAGCCUACCAAUGCAGCUUCAGAGUGGAGAACCAGGAACUCUCACGAGCCCGAGACAGUGAUGGAGCUGAGGAGGAUGUAGCAUUAACUUCAUAUGGUACCCCCAUUCAGCUGCAGACUGUUGAUCCCGUACAAGAGUGUUUCAUCCCACUGCCUAAACCAAUCUCCCAGGAAGAUGCAGAAAUACAAAGUCCAUAG